AUGGCAUGGAAUCCGGCGAGGGCUGCACGGUUCCUGCGAGGGGAAGGAGCCAAUGCAGUUGCAAGCUUGCAAGAAAUGGUGGGGCAGCAACUGCAAGUCAACACAUUUCAUUUCAAUGCCAGCAUUGCAGCUGUUGGGCAUGCUCAAGAAUGGCAAGCAGCAAUUCAUUGCUUGAGAAUGAUGGAGUUGAACCAGGUGAAGAAAGAUGCAGUGACCUACAACACGUGCAUCACAAUUUGUACCAAAGUCUCCGAACUGCAGAAAUCCUUGGCCCUCUAUGGGGAUAUGAGUCGAUUUGAGGUGUCCAAGGACAGAUUCACCUACAGUGCCACCAUCAAGGUAUGUGAAAGGAUGGCACAGUGGCCACUGGUCAUUUGCUUACUGCAGGACAUGCAGCAGCGGAAUGUCACACGGGAUGAAGUCAUUUACAACGCUUGCAUUGCAAGCGUGAGGGAGAAGUGGGAUUUUGCCUUGGAAUUUUUCCAGGCCAUGGGACAGAGAAAACUGAGACAUGAUUCAGUCAGCUAUAAUUCCAUGAUCAGCUCCUGUGAACGUGGGGCCCAGUGGCAAAGAGCUUUGGAGUUGUUUCAGGAGAUGGGGAAACAGCAGAUUCCAAGAACCACCAUCUCCUACAGUAGCACCGCUAGUGCCUUUGAGAAGGGAAAACAAUGGACGCUGGCCUUCGAAAUGUUGGAACAGAUGGAUUUGGCGAAAGUUUUUAAGGAUGCAAUGGUUCACAAUGCGGCAAUGAGCGCCUGCGAGAAAAGCAGCCAGUGGCAAAAGGCGCAGUCACUUUUUGCUGCACUGCCUCCAAAGCUACGUGACAACUAUUCUUUCAAUGCUGUCAUGACUGCCUGUGCAGCCGGGAAGAAAUGGGAACAAACCAUCUCUUUGCUGGAGAUGAUGCAGAAAGACUUACUGCAGUGCGAUUCAUUUUCGUACGCUGCUUCAAUUGCAGCGUGUGGGGCAAGGCGCUGGACAAUGGCGUUGGCCCUUUUUUGGGAGGCUGAACGAAAGAAUCUUGUUGGCCGAGUUAUUUUCAACGAGGUCUUGGAUGCGAUUUGUGAGGAGGAGGAGAGAUCAGCCGAAAUCUUUCAGUUGGCAAGGCGUCGGAAGAUAUUUCCAGGCUUGUUGCACCACCUUGGUGACUUGGAUCUUCAUGACCUUUCUGUGGGUGCUGCCUUGGUGGCACUACGCUGGUGGCUGCAGGCUUCCCCUCCUGGUGAACGGUUGAACAUCAUCACAGGAGUGGGGAAGAGCAGGAAGCCAUGGAGGGAUGCCGACUUGCGAACAGCAGUGGCAGAUGUGUUGAGGAAGAUGAAGAUGAGACGUUUCCCCGCCAAAAUAUCUGGACGUUUUUUAGUGGAGAUUCCUGUGCGACCAGUGGCAGACCAGCAGCAAGCAACGGCGUUGAGAGCCCCGACUAGGUGGCUGAUGGAAGCCCGUGCCAGAUCUCGGAGACCCAGGUCGUCAUCACCCUCAGAGUCGAGGACGCCGAGGACGCCAAGAACACCCAGGGGUGGCAGGGACGUCUCCCUGUCACCGCGACAAGCAGCAUCGCCACGGGAGCUCAUUCGGGACGAAUGGCAACGUGGUUACCACACGGUUGGCAUCCCAUUGUCACCAAGGAGUUUGAAAGCUCAAACAGUGACAUUGCCAGGCGUUUCUCCCAGGAGCCGGGUGUUCAGCAUUGUUCAGCUAUGUUGGACUUGGUCUUCAGGUUUUCCUUGCAGAUUUUGCAGCUAG